AUGGCCAAAAGAAUCGCCGAGAAGGAAUUGACAGAUAGGAACUGGGAUCAAGAAGACGAAGCAGAAGAGGUGGGAACAUUUUCGGUGGCCAGUGAGGAGGUCUUGAAGAAUAGAGCGAUAAAGAAAGCAAAGCGUAGAAAUGUUGGAUUCGAAUCUGAUGGUGGAGGGGCCUUUAAAGGAUUUAAAGGUUUGGUUGCAUCUUCUGGAGGAGGAGGGUUUUCUGGAUUUGGUAAUGGUGCUGGAGGGAAGCCUCUGGAAGGACUGUCGAACGGAAACAGCAUAACUAGUGCCCCUUCCUUCUCCAGCACGAGGGCAGCAACUGAGACCAAGGCCACCUUCGGAUCAACUGCUAUGAACGGCCCUACCUCCUUGGUCGAUAAAAAGAUUUCAACCCCUAAAACUACCGGUGACAGUCAGCAGCCUCCCUCCUCUGGUGCUGCCCGCCAUGGGAACGCCUAUCACAAGCAGCUGGCGGCCUUAAACCGCUCUGUGCGGGAUUGGAUCGUGAAGCAUGUGGACACAAACCCGCUCUGCGACCUCACGCCGAUCUUCAAAGACUACGAGAAGUACUUGGCAAGCAUCGAACAGCAACAUGGGAGCAGCGGCAACAGUGAUUCUGAAAGUGAAGCCAGCAAAAUAUCAGUUGACACACAGCCUCCUUCUCUAUUUGGUUCAACAAAAUUACAACCAGAGUCACCAUUUUUGUUUCAUGUCAACAAAACUGAGGAUACGUCUGAACAGAAGGUGGAAGCUGUGUCUGAAAAAAUCAAGGACCCAUCACUAGGAGCCACAAGUGCCUCGUUUAAUUUUGGCAAGAAAAUUGAUAGUUCUGUUUUGGGCUCCUUAAAUUCGGGCCCCUUGACUGGAUUUUCAUUUUCUUCUGGAAAUUCCAGUUUAUUUGGCAAAGAUACUACCCAGAGUAAACCAGUUUCUUCACCAUUUUCCACUAAAACAUCGGAGAGCCAAGCAGAAAGUGGCGGCAACGAAUGCAAAGGUGGAGAUGAAGAAGAGAGUGACGAGCCACCGAAAGUAGUAGUUACUGAAGUAAAAGAAGACGAUGCUUUUUACUCCAAAAAGUGUAAGCUGUUUUACAAGAAAGAAAAUGAAUUUAAAGAGAAGGGUGUGGGCACUCUGCAUUUAAAACCUACAGCGAAUCAGAAGACGCAGCUGUUAGUGCGGGCAGACACCAAUUUAGGCAACAUACUGCUCAACAUCCUGAUUGCACCCAGCAUGCCUUGCACCCGCACAGGGAAGAACAACGUGCUCAUUGUCUGUGUUCCAAACCCGCCCAUUGAUGAAAAGAAUGCCGCCACCCCGGUUCCCAUGUUGAUUCGGGUGAAAACAAGCGAGGACGCGGAUGAGCUGCACAAAAUUCUGCUGGAGAAGAAGGAUGCCUGA